GUUGUUAUGGCAAAAGGCCUCCGGCAGAGGAAAAGGGCAGACUUUAGCGUCACCUGCGUACAAUUACGAUCAUUACGAUGAGUGGCGUCGGGUGGGCGCACCACCCCGUCGUUUGGAUGAGGGAUGCAAAGCCGAGAUCACCUCCGUGGACAGUUUGCGAAAGAGCAUGCGACACAAGCGGAUGUUGCCAAGGAGUUUGCAGCCAUUAAAUGAUGUACCAAUGUUUCGACAGUCCAGCGACCAGCUGCCUCUUCGGCCAAAGGAUGCGAGUCGACUGGCCCAAAGUCUUAGUAGCGUCGUGCUGCCACCUUUGGAAUCGAAAGGCAAACGGCCAUCGGAACCGAAUUUGAUGGCCAGGGACCGGGAACAUUCUGGCACCAUGAGCCUUGAUAGUUGCAGUGACACUUCCGCGUCCACACCCGCGCAGCAGAAUUCCCAUGGCACUCCUGCCAGCCCUACAGCAACGUCUGGCAACUUCAACGCGCCCCCAGCAGUCCCGGGGCUCGUUCCUGCUGAGGACAUCUGGUGGCGCUGGAACCUGGACGUCAGCGGCUUCUCCAAGGCCUUCCUAAGGCGAGUGCGUCAGGCCUUUGAUCUCUUCAAAGUGCCAGACGCCUCGGAAAUCAUGAAUGAGGCAGUCGUCGACGCUCUGAAGACCAAGGGGGUUCAGGUCAUCGGUAUUCAGGCUGCGGAGGUUGAGCCCAGCGAGCUGAAAGGCUGCACCAUUGAAAUUGGCACAAAGGGCAGCAGCAUCACAGGAGCUGAAGUUGACUUUGUGUUAAGGAGACCAUUGACGUCUGCCAGUCAGUUCUUAGCCUUGAAACCUGCAGGAGACAACGGAGACAGCAAGGUCAAUGUUGCGGCGGUCAUCACAAUGUUCGACUUGGACAAGAAACGCAAGGCCAUGGCCCUGGUGGAGGAACGCGUGAAGAGCACCUUGCAGGGCCUCCAGGCGAUGAUCAAAGCCUCGGAGGCCCAGGAUGCAGGCGCGAGGCCAGAACUUGCUCGGAAGAAGUGGGAGAUGCGAAGUCAACUGCGACUCAAGGGUCUGGCUGCUCCGUUAGCCUGUGUGGCUUGGGAGAUGGGGCCUGAGAUGGAACCGAUCCUCGAGGAGGAUCGCUGGGCAGGCGAUGGGGAGGCUCCGAAACUGAAGCGAAAGUUAGGUUGCUUUUCCCAUUCGGGGCAGAAGCGCCAACGAAGGGAAGAAGAGGAGCAGCUGAAAGAUCUGAUCGGUUCCUACACUGUGAAGGUCGUAAAGAUCAAGGAGGACGAGUUCCCGUGCAUGGUGGCCAGUUGGGUGCUGAGUCACACCAGCAAAGGGCUGCUGAAGGAGAUGUCCUUCCAACGCAUGCAGCGGGGUCAAGGCAAAGAUGUGACUGUGAAAUUGGAAGGGGCGCUUGACGGAAGCUCACUGAAACUCACUGCUGAGAAGGACAGGGACUUCAGCAACAGCUACAACUUCAUGUUGGGCAUCCUUUGUCCCGAGAAGCAGCAGAUCCUCCUGUCUUCUGCGGAUCUUUUCACCACCUCUGUCUAUCGGCCAGUGCCAGAGACCUCUGAAGAGGCCAAGGCCUACGCAGAUCAACGGCGACGUGUCACGGAAGGCUUUGGAACUGACAAGAAAGUGCGGCAGAAUCACCUCAUGAGAGAACGUAUCGAGCGCAACUGCGAAGUGGCAGAUUCAGAGAAGAUCCAAGCGCUGGUUGAGGCCAAAGUGGUGGAACAGCAGCAGGAGAAGAUGCCGCCCUGGGAAAAGGAGAAGAACGAAAGAGAGAAGAACUUGCCGCCUUUCUUGGACGAUUGGGAUCACGCCAGCGACAUCUAUCGUGAAGGCCUAGAAGUCAUCGCGUCGCAGAAGAACUACAAGUACGAGAAGAAGUUGUUGGAUGAUAGCAUCCGGCGCCUCUUGGAGCUGAAAGCGCCUGAGCUGGAAAAACUCGAUGCGAAGAAGAUCAAUGACUUCCAGGCGUGUGAGAGCCACUUCGUGCUGCAGGUUUUGAAGGCUCGGGGAGCGCAACAGGCGCAAGUCCCUGCUGAUCAGAAUAACUUUGCCAAGCAACUCGGCGUUCUGAAGAUUCUGGUCAAGAUUCUGAAGGACCCGCAGCUGCACCACAACACGCAGAGAGGGGGCACGUGUACAACCAGACAGCUGACAAAUAUCACUCACUUGUCCACCAAAUCGAACCUGUUUUGGCAGCUCUUCUACUAUCUGUUCGAUCCAACUAAGAACGCACCUUCGGAUGAGAAGAGGUGCAUCCACACAACCAGGACGAAAUGUGCUGCGGUGAUCUGGGCAUUGAAUUUGACCCCUGACUGUUGGAUAGAUGUGCCUGUAGAGGCUCAGCGCGAGAUUGCUUGCCUAUCAGCAAAGUCGAAGAGCAACGUCACCGAAGAAGCGAAGAAGAUUUUCCAGUACGUGGGCUGCACCACUGAAAAAAAGGACCAAAACUCCUUCAGAGCAGCCCUCAGGAACAGGCCAGGCUUUUGA